CAUGUAAUGGAAAAAGAUAUUCAUGUACAGACUACAACUUAAGUAAUAGUAACGAAAACUUGCAAUACUUGAAGGUAUUACAAACAAAUUAAUAGAUGCUGUUGUACAUUCAACUUCAUCUUCAUCACUAUUGAGAUGGAAAUCGAGUAUGUUGCAAAAAACAUUUGUCUCAUAGUAGAAAAUGAUGAUGAAGCAGAAUGGUUGACUCGUCACCAUGAUUUUAGCAGUACAUCAAUAACAUUACCUGCUGCAAAUGCUAAUAAUAGAAGAAGCUCUGUAGGUCUUAGUGCAUUGGGUAAUAUACCAAGUGCUCAAAUGGAAGUGUUUAUAUCUCAAUGUACAAAACUUAGUACAGAAAAUAAAAUCAAUCCCAUAAAUGCAUUCAGCUUGGAAAUGAUUGACUUUAUGACGUACUUGAUCAAAAAGCAAGAUGCAAACAUGUUCAAUUUACAAAUGGCCAGUGUUUCUUUAGAUGUAAGCACUAAAAUUUAUGCAUUUUGUGUUGAUGGUGUAUAUGUGGAUAUACUUAAGUUGAUUAGUGGAAUAGAAAACCAAGGAAGAAACAAUUAAAAUGUAAGAGAUAAUAAUGCAGAACCAAUGGAUACUGAAGAAGGAAAUUAAAAUAGUCGAGUCCAAAUGAAAGAGAAAACAAUGAAGAGAAUGAAACUACAAAUACUUAUAACAGUGGAAAGUUUAACAACUUUCUGUUGAAACUGAGAAACCUCCUUUAACAAGUGUGGAAUCAGAUUUGCAAACUACUGAUAUGCUUUCCCAAGCUACAUUACCUAACCAUGUAGAGUGUAGGUUUUAUUUUCACCCAUACGAUGAUAUUUUAAUGGAUACAGUAGAGCGUAAACAAAUACAAGAUAAUGAUGUAGUAGAUAGUACUCCAACAAUAAAAGAUAUUUCACAAAUGCAA